AUGACUGCUCCAGCCGGAUCUACCGUCCCGGUUGAAGCGAAGCGCGCCCGCCCGGAUGGCGAAGCCCCCGGGACGGGGCUGUCGCAGCGCGAGGCCAAGCGCGCCCGCGAUGCCAAGCUCGCCACCAGCUGCCCCUUCCUGGACACGAUUGACCGGCGGAAGUUGGACUUCGACUUUGCCAAGGUCUGUUCGGUGUCCAACGCCAACCUGAAUGUCUAUGCGUGUUUGGUGUGCGGCAAGUUCUUCCAGGGUCGCUCGCCGACGAGUUUCGCGUACCUUCACAGUAUUCACGAGAACCACCAUGUUUUUCUCCACCUGGAGACGCUAAAAUUCUACUGCCUGCCGGAUGAUUAUGAAAUCAUCGACUCCUCGCUGGACGACAUCAAGUCCCAGCUGCGGCCGGUCUUCCGCUCGGAGGACGUGGCCGCCCUCCAGUCGACCGGCCAGCGCCGCCCAGCCAAGGACCUCUACGGCCAUGAGUAUAUGCCCGGGUUCAUCGGCCUCAACAACAUGACCAACACCAAUGACUAUGCGAAUGUGGUGAUCCAGAUGCUGGCACACGUGCCGCCCCUGCGGGACUUCUUCCUGCUGGCUGGCGGCCCGGACGCCGGGUCGCAGACCACCCGGGUGGCCGAGUCGUCCGGCUUGCUGCGGGCCUUCGGCGAGGUGACCCGGCGCCUGUGGAACCCGCGGCUUUUCAAGAGCCACACCAGUCCACAGAGCUUCAUCGAGGCGGUCAGCAUGGCCAGCCGCCGUCGCUUCAACAUUACCCACCAAUCGGACCCGGUGGAUCUGCUGUGCUGGCUGCUGAAUCGCAUGCAUGCGGAUCUCCAGAAGGCCGCGCGCAAGGGCGAUCCCUCGACCCUCAUCACCAAGGCCUUCCAGGGCCGGGUGCGCGUUCAGUCGGAGCCGCUCAUCUCCUCGGAGAAGGGGGCGUCCAAGCAUGCGAGUGGCCCCUCCGCCCCGGGGGUUGCCGCCGCCGCCACCACCACCGACUCGAACUUCUUCUUCCUGACGCUGGACCUGCCCAGCAUGUCGCUCUUUACACCGGAGGAGGAUCAGACCGACACCGGGGCCCGGUCGCUCCUCCAGCAGACUACCCUGCCGGUCCUGCUGCAGCGCUUCGACGGCCGGACCCCGGUGGCCGACCUCCGGACCAAGACCCUUCGGCGUUUCCGCAUCCUCGAGGCUCCGGAGUACUUGGUCCUCAUUUUCCGGCGUUUCGUCAAGAACCAGUUCCUGCUGGAGGAGCGCAACUCGACCGUCGUCAACUUCGACUCCGACCAUCUGGACCUGAGCCCAUUCGUCGAGGGUGCCAAGCACGGGCAGGUGACCUAUUCCCUGAUGAGCUCCGUGUCGUACGAGGGCGCAGCCGCGCUGGAGGACCUCCAGGAGAAGGUCACCUCCGGGGAGGUGUCCCUCUCGUCGGAGACCACGCGCGAUGGGCACUACACCCUACACCUGGUGGAUGACACCUCCGGGCGGUGGUUUGAGCUGCGCGACCUGACCUCGUCGGACUUGUGCCUGCUGCGCGCGGCGCGGGCCCUGCCGCCGGCCGACACGGCCCCGGACACGCGAAAGCUCGAGGCCCUGUCGCUGGCCGAGAGCGCCUGGCCGCGCCCGGUUGAGUACCUGCUGGUGGUGCUGGACCCGCUGCAGGGGCAGCUGCUGGAGCGCGCCCUGGCGGCCGAUGGGCCCGGCGCCGCGGACACCACGGCCGACAUCCAGGCGUCGCCGGUGGGCCGGCUGCUGGCGGACCUGGCCCCGCACCAGGGCGCCCCGGGGCCCGCCGGGCCCGGGCUCCUUCGGUCCUUCUGCACGGCCGACGGCCGGGUGGCCGCGGUGACGGUCGACGAGCGCCGGCUGAAUGGCGCCUGGGCGCGGGCCCUGCGCCAGCAUGCGGACCGCGUGACCCAGGCUCUUCUCCGGCAGCAGGCGGCCGCCGGGGCGGACGAUCCUCCGCCCGGGCGCCUGGAGCGCCCGCGCCCCGAGGCCGGGUCCACCCUGGCGCGCGCCCUGCUGGACACCUUCCGCCCCACUGCCGGCCACCUCGUCGCUUGUCAUCCGCAUCCCACCAUGACCGAGGGUGCCCACGUCAUAGAGAUGGAUUCCAUCGCCGCGGCUGUCGCCCUGGAUAGCCCUCCCACGGCCGACGCCCCGGCCGUGGUUGGGUCCUCUUCCGGGCUGUCUGGCGGGUCAUCCACCGGGUCGGUUGCCUCCAACCCCGAGAAGUCUGGCCACGUCGCCAUCCCCGUGGCCCGGGGGACCGCCCUCCCCGACAAAGCUCGCCUCGCCCCGGGCGCCGUCAGCAUCCCCAUGCCCGGGCAGACCUUUGCCCCGCCGACCCAGGUGACUCUCACCUGGACGGAUCUGGUCCAUGUUGUGGAUAUCAAGACCGGCCCCCUCUUCCGUCAGAAGACCGUGGAAAAGGUCAUCCUUGACAAGGUGUCCGGCCAGGCACAGCCCGGCCGUCUGCUGGCCAUCAUGGGUCCUUCCGGUGGUGGCAAGACCUCCCUGCUGGACUCGAUCAGUGGGCGUCUGCGCACGCGCGGCGGCACUGUCACGGUCAAUGGCGGGCCGAUGCCCAGCCACUUCCGGCUGCUGGCCAGCUAUGUGAUGCAGGAUGACCUGCUCUUUGAGAGCCUGACCCCGCGCGAGCUGCUGACCUUCGCGGCGCGGGUGCGCCUGUCCAGCUCCCUCUCCACGAAGGACAUCCGCUUCCAUGUGGAGCGUCUGCUGGACCGCCUGAGCCUGACCCGGUCGGCGGACACGCGGGUCGGCCAGGCCGGCGGUUCCGGCAGUGGCUCGCGUGGUCGACGCGGUCUGUCCGGCGGUGAGCGCAAGCGCGUGGCCAUCGCCUACGAGAUGAUCACCAACCCGGCCCUGCUGUUCCUGGAUGAGCCGACCACCGGCCUGGAUGCCUUCAUGGCGCUCAGCCUGAUUGAGCUUCUCCGGUCUCUGGCGGCCGAGGGGCACACCGUGGUGACGACCAUCCACCAGCCCAGCUCCGACAUUUUUGCCCUCUUCGAUGAUCUGCUGCUGGUGGCCCGGGGUCGGGUUGCCUUCCGCGGGGAGGCCUCCCGCGCGGUGGACUACUUCGACAGCCUGGGCUACCCCUGCCCGACCUUCUCCAACCCCUCUGACUUCUUCAUGAAGACCCUGCACAGCAACACGGACGAGGAUAUGGUUCGCAUCCGGGCCAUCACCGACCGGUGCCCCCCGUUCAAGGCCAUCGAUGAUGGCGUGCCUCCCAUCAAGCCGGCCAAGCCGGAGAAGCCCUCGAAGAGCGUGGUUUUCAAGGCCCUCCUCGGGCGAAGCAACCGCCUCUUCCUGCGCAACCCGGUCACCUUCUACGCGCGCCUGGGCCAGACCAUCUCCUCGGCUCUCAUGUGUGGUCUGCUCUUCUGGAACACGACCCUCACGCAGACCGGUGUCCAGGGCCGGGCGGGUGGUAUUUUCUUCCUCAUCACCUCGGCCGUCAUGUCCUCCAUGAUGAACUAUGUCCUCUCCUUCCCGGUGGAGGUGGCCUACUUCCGCCGCGAGCAGCUUAGCCAAAUGUACUCGCCUGGCCAGUAUUACUGGACCAAGUUCUUCAGUGAGCUGCCAUACAGUGUCAUCUUCCCCCUCCUCUUCUCGGUCAUCAGCUACUUCAUGCUCAACCUCGAGGCGACCGCGCCGAAGUUCUUUGUUUUCCUGCUGGUCCAGUGGCUGCUCAGCACCCUGUCGGCCUCCCUCGGGUGCGUUUUGUGA